UACGCCCCUGCCAGUGCCGGCGCAACCGGUAGGCCGCUUGGACUUGUUGGUCGCGCUGGACCUCCCUCGGCGGAAAGAUGGCGGCGGUUGCUGCCGCUGACAUGAUAUGCUUCAUAGCCAUCUCGGAUUCUACUCACCUGGGGUUUUUCUGCACUUGAAGACAGUGGCAUGGAUCAUGAAGCCCCGACCAUCAGACCUCGUCGGAUCCAGAACCAGAAUGUCAUCUACCGCCUGGAACGGCGAAGGAUCACGUCUGGCAAAAUGGGGACACACUGGCACCAGGUCCGUGUCUUCCAUCAAAAUGUCUUCCCCAACUUCACGGUGGUCAAUGUUGAAAAGCCACCCUGCUUCUUACGCAAGUUUUCCCCCGAUGGAAGGUACUUCAUAGCUUUCUCCUCAGAUCAGACUUCCUUGGAAAUCUAUGAAUAUCAAGGGUGUCAGGCGGCAGAGGACCUCCUCCAGGGCUACGAAGGAGAGAUCUUGGCAAAUGGCAACGACCAGCGGUCCAUUAACAUCCGUGGGCGGCUCUUUGAGCGCUUCUUUGUUCUUCUCCAUAUUACCAACGUGGCUUCCAACGGCGAGCACUUGAACCGCGAGUGCAGCUUGUUCACAGAUGACUGCCGCUACGUCAUUGUCGGCUCUGCUGCCUACCUGCCGGAGGAGCCCCACCCUCCCUUUUUUGAGGUUUACCGCAACAGUGAAUCGGUCACUCCUAAUCCAAGGUCCCCUUUAGAAGAUUACUCUUUGCACAUCAUAGACCUCCACACAGGCAGGCUGUGUGACACCAGGACGUUCAAAUGUGACAAAGUCAUCUUGUCCCACAACCAAGGGCUCUAUUUGUAUAAGAAUAUCCUGGCCAUUCUAUCUGUACAGCAGCAAACAAUCCAUGUUUUUCAGGUAACGCCAGCGGGCACCUUCAUUGAUGUACGGACGAUAGGUCGCUUCUGCUAUGAGGAUGACCUCCUCACACUCUCGGCGGUUUAUCCAGAAGUCCAGCGGGAUUCUCAGACGGGCAUGGCGAACCCAUACAAAGAGCCGUUCAUUAAUUCUUUGAAACACAGGCUGCUGGUCUACUUGUGGCGAAGGGCAGAGCAGGAUGGGAGCACAAUGGCAAAAAGGAGGUUCUUUCAGUAUUUUGACCAGCUGAGGCAGCUGCGGAUGUGGAAGAUGCAGCUGUUAGAUGAGAACCACCUCUUUAUCAAAUACACCAGUGAGGAUGUGGUCACAUUGCGGGUGACAGACCCUUCACAGCCUUCCUUCUUCGUUGUGUACAACAUGGUGACCACUGAGGUGAUCGCUGUCUUUGAGAACACUUCAGAUGAGCUGCUGGAACUCUUUGAGAACUUCUGUGACCUCUUCCGGAACGCCACCCUGCAUAGCGAGGCGGUUCAGUUCCCCUGCUCGGCCUCCAGCAACAAUUUUGCCAGGCAGAUCCAACGUCGAUUUAAGGACACUAUUGUGAAUGCCAAGUAUGGCGGGCACACAGAGGCCGUGCGGCGGCUCCUGGGCCAGCUCCCCAUCAGCGCUCAGUCCUACAGUGGCAGCCCUUACCUUGACCUCUCACUCUUCAGCUAUGACGACAAGUGGGUUUCGGUCAUGGAGCGCCCCAAGACUUGUGGCGACCAUCCCAUCAGGUUCUACGCCCGAGAUUCUGGCCUUCUGAAGUUUGAAAUCCAAGCGGGACUCCUGGGCCGGCCUAUCAAUCACACUGUCCGGCGCCUGGUUGCAUUCACCUUCCACCCGUUCGAGCCCUUUGCGAUCUCUGUGCAGCGGACUAAUGCUGAAUAUGUCGUGAACUUCCAUAUGAGGCACAGCUGCACAUAAUGCAGCUUCCAUCAGUGGCAGCCGUGCCUAUCGGCUAGAUGCGUUUUGUCACAGACACACCAAAGCAGGAAACCCAAACACACCCACACCCCGCCUUUGAGGCGCUGCAAGCACCACCGGUCUUUCCUCGGCUGCUGUGGCCAUUGGUGGAAUACUCCUGCCCUCGGGGGAAGGCUGCCGGGGUGCUUUUGAUGGAUCAGCUGAGUGCUGAUGAGCUGAGAGUCACUGUGCUUUCUCACUGCCUGACUCUCAUCUGUCUGGCCUGGGGCCUGCUCUUAUGCUCAGUGGACCAGUCCAGCUCCAUUACAUUCUUUUGUGGGGAGGGAGGUGUGACCUGUUGAGCAGAAUGCCAUGGAGAAACAGUUUUCCUUUGACCAAGGAUUCAGUCUUUAAAGAGCUGUCCCAAGUCCUGUCAGGGACUAUUCACCAAGCUAAGGCAAAUUACCUCUCAAAACCAUAGUGCUGCGAGAAUCCAUCCCACCUGUUUGAGGUGGACGGCUGUGAACUAUGCACAAGUCAGAGGGCUAUGAAUGUCUUUUGCCAGUCACUGAAGACUCUAGAGUCUUGCCAUGCUGACUGGCACAGUUGGGAAUGGAUGGUCUUGCGGACCUUUACUGGUAGCCACUGUGUGGGCAUGGUCCAGCCUUCCUUGUUCUGUCCUUAUUCAUUGGCAAAGAGCAAAAUUCAGGUUCCCUUCUUUGGCAGCCUCAUCCUGAUUGGAGGGCUGGCGGAGGCUGGAUGCUAAAGUCUGUUCCAAAUUCACAGCUAGGGCUGGGGGAGGGGACCGUUACUGUUCCACUGUGGUUUUGCAGUUGCGUAAAGGGAUGAGUGAUGUGUGCAUGGAUCCCAUUCUCCCCUUCCUUGCUGCUGCCACAAAGGGGGCAGAUUUCCCCACCCCUGUGCCCUUGCAACCCAAGUUAAGCACCAGCCCUUUGUGUUCAUGGUGGAUCAUGUUACUGUAUGUCAUGUGAGUCCAUCCCUCUGUCUUACGCAAUUUUGCCUCAGGCUGCAGGCCGUGUGCCACUGAAGCUGGUCUCUUUGCUUUUGGAACAAGCCAGCAUGUGAGCUGCAGACUAGGCCUCUGUGCCUUAGUUUUCAAUGGGGAAGAGAGGUGAGACCCCUGAGGACUGAAAGGAGGCCUGUAAAUAAAACAUUUAAAAAAUCGGGGAGAGGUUCCCCUUGGAGACGAGUUGAAUGGCAAGGCGCUGACAGCUGGGUGCAGUGAGCAGUAUGAAGAGCAGGGACAGUUCUCUGAGAGGCAGCUCCUUCAUGGUCAUGGGGGGGUGGGGGUGGAAAGGAGAACAGCUUCACUUUCCCCCCUUCUGCAGCCUGAGAUAUUACAAAGACCGCGCAGGCUGUAUUCAAGUGAAGUCCAUCAUGUGACGGAGAAAGGCAAAAUUAACGCUUAGGAGCAUGAGAUUUUUGAGGACACCUGCCUUGGUUGUGCAUCUACACAAAGCCUCCCCUCCAGUCAG